AGAUCAAAUCAUUUGAAACCUUGAGACCGUUUCUCCUUCUCUUGGAAGGAACCACCAGAAAUAGUUGUAGGUGCUAAUUGCCCAUUAUUCUCACUAAUGUGAAAUUAUUAAUUGGGAUCUUUGAAUAUUUUACUUGCUCGAAUCCUAACCGGGGGAGCUCAAGAUGGAAGGACCGUGCCGUGGCUCGCUUCCCACCAUGCCGUUUGGGGUCUCUUCCGACGCUUGAAUGGGUUCUUCCUCAAGUCGCUUACACUGAGAAGAGGGGUCCAGGCUGUGAAAUCUUCCAACAUCUCACAUUACGAAAAUGGCACUUCUGAAAGUCAAAUUCAAUCAGAAGAAACGGGUAAAACUAGCGCAGGGACUAUGGCUCAUGAACUGGUUUUCAGUGCUUGCUGGAAUCCUUGUUUUUAGCAUGGGGUUGUUCCUCAAAGUGGAACUCCGGAAGCGAAGCGAAGUGAUGGACAAUUCCGAAAGCCACUUUGUGCCCAAUUCUUUGAUAUUGAUGGGUAUAUUAUCCUGCGCCUUCAAUGGUUUUGCUGGCAAAAUUUGUUACGAUUCUCUGGAUCCCACUAAAUUUGCCAAGUGGAAGCCUUUGCUGAAACCUUACCUGGCACUAUGUUUCCUGUUCAACAUUCUCCUUUUCUUCGUCGCGCUGAUUUGCUUCCUCAUGCGGGGCUCGCUGGACAGCACGCUGGCCCAGGGGCUCAAGAACGGCAUGAAGUUCUACCGGGACACAGACACCCCCGGGAGAUGCUUCAUGAAGAAGACCAUCGACAUGCUCCAAAUUGAGUUCAAAUGCUGUGGGAACAACGGCUUCAAAGACUGGUUCGAAAUUCAGUGGAUCAGCAACAGAUAUCUGGACUUCAGCUCCAAAGAAGUGAAAGAUCGGAUCAAAAGCAACGUGGACGGGAGGUACCUGGUGGACGGUGUCCCCUUCAGCUGCUGUAACCCCAGCUCCCCGAGACCUUGCAUCCAGUACCAGGUCACCAACAACUCGGCUCACUACAGCUACGAUUACCAGACGGAGGAGCUCAACCUCUGGCGCCGCGGCUGCCGGGAAGCCCUCCUGCACUACUACAGCAGCAUGAUGAGCUCCAUGGGUGCCGUCGUCCUCCUCGUCUGGCUUUUCGAGAUGUCCGUGAUGGUUGGCUUGCGUCUUCUGCACACCUCUCUGGAAAGCAUUGCAAAUCCUGAAGACCCCGAAUGUGAAAGUGAAGGCUGGAUCCUGGAGAACAACCUGAAGGACACUUUGAAGUCCGCGCUGGAGAGUUUGAAAAAGAUUGGUAAGUUCAACCAGGUGGAAGCAGGCGCUGAAGGGGCCGAAGGAGAGGAAGGUGGGAAGACACCAGCCAUCACAACGGUCAGUUGAGCUUCUAAUUGAUGUGGACUUUUUAUCAAAGAGGACUAAUACCCCUGAGAAUUAUGAAUAUCUAUGUUUUAAAAAGCUAUGUAUCAACCAUCAGAAUACACAUUUCUACCAUGCUUUUUUUAAUAUAGGGGAGUAAACAACAUA